AUGACCUCUCAAACCACAGAAGCUGGACCAGCCCAAGAUUCAAAUGCAGAGAAAAACGGGAACAAAUCUGACCAGGCCAAUAUCCAACUCCGCCAAUCACCACAAGCCUCAUCUGUCCUUGCCCGUGAGAAGCUUACUCAGUCCCAACGUUCAAUUACUCAGCCCCAACGUUCAAAACAAACGGUUGCCCCCUUGUCCGACUCAGGCCAGUCCACUAUGUUGCAAAAAGACAAGCGCAACCAGAAGAGAGCCCGGGAACAGUCCUCACCUCAGCCUGGAGUCGAGAAACCAACCAAAAAGCGCACGGUUCCUGAUAAGUCGACUCGGGCUGUUAAAGAUCAACCGGUGUGUAAACCAGUAAACAUACCAAACAAAUGA